UCCUUCCUCCUAUGGGCCUCCCAUCUCAUCCUACAUACAAGGAGAAAACGCAACAGAAAACGCCUAUUUUCGGCAAACGUUGUCUCCGGAAAAUGGCUCCCCCGACACUGUUUCUCUUCGGAAAAUCCCAUUUUCCCUUCCACUUCUUUCUUCUCCGAACAAACUCUAACCCUAGAAACCAGGGCCCACCCUUUCUAGGAAAUCAAGGCCCACCGUUUCUAGGAUUAGAGGAUUCACAACCGUCGACGAAGAAGAGAAGAAGAAAUCUUGGAUCAUCGAUCUCAAACUCCCCUCCGCAAUCGCUAGAUCCGAUCGUUACCUGAUCUGAAGACCCGUCUGUCCGUGGAAUUUGCGGAAGUUUCUGCUGUGUGGGAGGCUGAGGAGGGAUCUUGGAGAAUUAGGAUUUUUUGGGAGAAUAAUAACCUCCGGAAUCUCGAGAAAGACUCCGCAGCGACUUUGCUCGGUGAAUUAGGGCUCGAGAUGUGGAGGCCAACUGGACGUCAGAAGAAUACGAAGGAUGACGGGCAGUUGGUGGCGGUGGCAGUCGAUGCAGAUAAGAGCAGCCAGCAUGCGUUGAAAUGGGCCGCGGACCAUCUCAUCUCCAAGAACCAGAUAUUUCUACUUAUCCAUGUUCGGAAGAAGAUCACCACCAUCCUCACCCCAACUGGCCAGCAAAUUCCAAUCUCUGAGGUUGAUGAGGAGGUUGCUGCUGCUUUUCUUGAACAGAUGGACUUCCAGACUAGGGAACUACUCCUUCCAUUCCAAUGUUUCUGCAGCAGACGUGGGUUACAAUGCCAGGAGGUCAUUUUGGAUGAUGUGGAUGUACCAAAGGCCAUCAUUAGUUACGUUGUGCAGCAGUCUGUUGAUAAGCUUGUCCUUGGGGCAUCAUCUAGAAGUGCAUUUGCUAGAGCUUUUAAGCAGGCAGAUGUACCCACCUCUGUUUCAAAGAUUGCACCCGAUUUCUGCUCAGUGUAUGUCAUAUCAAAGGGAAAGAUUUCAUCGGUUCGGCCUGCUCCUAGCCCCCUUAAGCGUGUUGCUAAAGGACAACCAAACCCAAAGUUUGAAGCCUCCAAAAAUUCGUUCCAAUCCGUUAGAAGUGAACCGGAUCCUAGGGAACUAGAAGAUAUUGCCCAGUCUCCGUUGAUGAGAAGCUCAAGAAUUAUGCACGGUACUGAUAGAGGUGUUGGUGGAACAAGCUACGGGAAUAUGAUCAACGGAAGGAUCAAUAGAGUCGGCCAAGGCCGAGGACAUCCCAAUAUGUCAUGUCAGAGUGUGAGUUCAUGUCCCAGCCCAAGUAGAAGCAGCACUGACCAAUCAAGUAAUUAUUCCCCAAGAGAUCAUAUUGAUGUCAAGGGCCGACAUUCAAGGUCAUCUUUGCAUGAUGAUAAUCCUUAUCCUGAUGAUCAAAUGAGAAGCUUUGAGUCAAACAGAAGCAGUGGACAAUGUUGGUCAAAUGAAUCUGGAUCUAGUGGGUAUUGGCAUGUGCCUACAUCAACCUCACAAGAGUCUGCUGGAACUUCUGGGUCCUCACACUCAAUGGACGAUACUGAGGCUGAGAUGAGAAGGAUGAAACUUGAAUUGAAGCAGACUUUGGAAUUGUACGAAACUGCCUGCAAAGAAAUAUUGAACGUGAAACAGAAGGAUAGAGAUCCUUAUUCAUUACAAACUGAAGAGAUUCAGAGGUAUGAAGGAGCGAGAUUUCCUCGCACAUUGAUUGGAGCAGUGGAGGAGAAGCCUCAGAGCAGAAGAGCUCUGGAAACCCAUGCUACACAAAAGAUGGGUGAGUCAGAGGAAACCAAGCGGCGUACAGAGAGAAAUCUUCAGGAGGCAGAUGAGAUGAGGAAUAUCAUGGAGAAAUUGUCCAUGGACGUCCGUUAUAGAAAAUAUACUGUUGAAGAGAUUGAGAAGGCUACAGAUAACUUUUCGGAAAAGCUCAAGAUUGGUGAAGGGGGUUAUGGGCCUGUUUUCAAAUCUACUCUGGAUCAUACACUUGUUGCUAUCAAGAUUCUACGGUCAGAUGCCACUCAAGGAAUGAAACAAUUUCAACAGGAGAUUGAAGUGUUAAGCUGCAUCCGCCAUCCGAAUAUGGUCCUCCUCAUGGGCGCCUGUCCUGAAAACGGGUGUUUGGUAUACGAGUACGUGGCCAAUGGCAGCCUCGAGGACCGCCUCUUCUGCCGGGACAACACUCCACCACUCUCAUGGCAGCUUCGCUUCAAGAUUGCCUCUGAGAUUGCCACCGGCCUCCUCUUCCUCCACCAGACCAAGCCCGAGCCCCUCGUCCAUCGUGACCUCAAGCCCGGCAACAUCCUUCUUGACCAUAACUUCGUUAGCAAGAUUGCCGAUGUGGGUCUCGCCCGCCUCAUCCCACCAGCUGCUGCUGAUGCAACCACCCAAUACCGCAUGACUGCAGCGGCUGGAACUUUCUGCUACAUAGAUCCUGAGUACCAGAAGACUGGCAUGUUGGGAGUAAAGUCCGACAUCUACGCACUCGGGAUCAUCCUUCUGCAGUUGGUCACAGCUGCUCCGCCAAUGGGGCUUGCGCAUAAUGUUGAGAAGGCGCUGGAGAAGGGGAUGCUUGCAAAGAUGUUGGACUCCUCAGUGCCAGACUGGCCGAUGGAGGAGACCACGGAGUUUGUGAAUCUGGCAAUGAAGUGCUCCGAGCUGCGGCGUAAGGACCGACCUGAUUUAGGGACUGAGGUGCUCCCCAAGUUGAACUGCAUUAGGGAGUUUGCUGAACAGUCACAGGCAUGGAUGGCAGUUUCCCAACAUGGGCCAGCACGGGGAUAUCAGGAUUUCGUCAACCCCAUGUCCAGUGAAGAUUUUGGUUCCGACGACAACGACGACGAUAUUGUCAAGUCACCUUUCAUGCGAUAAGCCAUGUACGUUUUGAAAAAGCAGAAGUCCUUGGUCAUGGGCGCCAGUGUUUCCCCCAGUUGAACAUUCUGAGUUCCUGGAUGAUUGUAGAAAUGAAGUCCUGACCUGCAGCAAUCUGAUCAUGGGCGGUGGCAUCGGGUCGCCUUCUUGAUGUUGCAAGCUACAUUUGGAUUCGUGAAAAGUGGAAGUGUUGUUUGAGAUGUGUUUAUGGUUCAUAAUUACCUCUUUUGUUAUCCUGUCUGUGAAAUCUGUCUGUCAAAAGGAAUUUGGACUGUUAGUCCUGCCAGCAUCACCAUCUAUGGGCCAUUGCCAAAAAACACCCUGACUAAUGAAGCUGAAGUCCUCCAAUCAGCUGGUAAGGAUCGUCAAUGGUGAGGUUAGCUAUAUUCAUGUGCAGAUCUAGCUCAUUCAUGAGCCUGCCACUUUUAUGCAGACAGAUUCAUAUAGGAAAAGGAAGGGAUAUUAAGAAGAGACUGCAAGCUAGAUAAAUGAAAAACUCCGAAUUUUCCCCUGUUUGGCUUGAAGCUUAGUUUUCCAUUGCAGAUGUCAAAAGAUCAUCUGUCAAAUGGCAAGCGCUGUCUCUCACAACCUUGAAAAUCUGCAUGUAAUAGAUAUUUUUCCUUUUAAGAAAUUGACAUCUUUUUUCUUC